AAGUGAGACUUCGAGAAAAAAACUACGACAUAUUUGGAGUCUUAAAGGAGCACGAACUGAAGUACUCGAUAUUCGAUAAUAUUGCAAGAUAAAACAGUUCAAGUCCAUGCUUGCAGGCAUCCCAUCACUUAUUAAAUUGAGGCACGCCUACAGCGCGUGCGGCUGCCCAGUUCAUUCUCACAGACUACAACGCACUUUACAUCGCUCAGACUGUCGCUGACACAAUACGCUCCUAUUUCUUGCGGAUUUUUUUACGAGGAGUGACAGUGGAAUAAGAGGAAAUCAUGCCAAUCCUAUCGUAGGAGACCGAAGACCCUUCACCCCUUUCCCGGGAUUGGUCUUUUCUGUUUAACCCUUAUCCACAAUGCUUUACUUUCAGCUGGUGAUCAUGGCAGGGACUGUCAUGCUGGCAUACUACUUUGAGUACACCGAUACUUUCAGCGUGCACAUCCAGGGAUUUUUCUGUCAUGAUAAUGCCUAUACGAAGCCCUAUCUCGGACCAGAGGAGUCCAGUGCGAUCCCGCCAGCCAUCCUGUACGCGGUGGUCGCAGGGGUCCCUGCACUCGUGAUUACAGUGACAGAGUCCAUACUCUUCUUGCUGCAGUAUGUCUCUGAGGAUCUAGACAACCGAGAGAAGAUCAUUGUGAUGGGCGACUGUUGUUACCUAAACCCUCUGGUCCGAAGGACAUUUCGCUUUCUUGGUGUGUACGCAUUUGGCCUCUUUGCCACAGACAUCUUUGUAAAUGCAGGACAGGCGGUAACAGGAAAUCUUUCUCCAUACUUCCUGACGGUGUGCAAACCGAACUACACAGCACUGGGGUGCCAACAGGUGGUGCGUUUCAUCAGCCAACAGGAAGCCUGCACGGGCAAUGAGGAUGAUAUCUUACAUGCUCGCAAAUCGUUCCCAUCCAAAGAGGCGGCCAUCAGUGUUUAUGCGGCUCUUUAUGUUGCAAUGUACAUCACAUGCUCUGUGAAGGCCAAAGGCACACGGCUGGCCAAGCCGGUGCUCUCUCUGGGGCUCAUGUGUCUGGCCUUUCUAACUGGGAUUAAUCGAGUGGUGGAGUUCCGCAACCACUGGUCUGAUGUCAUUGCUGGCUUCAUCAUAGGAGGAGCCAUUGCUGUAUUUAUGGUGGUGUGUGUGGUGAAAAAUUUCAAAGGGAAGCCCUUACUGAGUGAGAUACCGCCGGAGGAGAGUGUGUCCAGUGGUCCCAUGAUCACUCAGCCCAGGAUGGAGCACACUAUGGAGAAAUACAUAGCGUCCCAGAAUCCCAUCACCUAUGCUGAGAUCACAUGACAGUGAAAAGCCUACUAGCCAGAAUGCUGUGGAUAAUGUUGCUGCUCUCCAGUGCGACUUCUUACUUUGAGUGCAACGUCGAUAUAUGUGCUAUUUUUACACUUCUAUUUUCAAGUGUGCGGGGAAAAAAAAUCAUCUAUACCUUGUUGUCCUCCUUUUAACUUUUUUUUGGGGGGGAGGGGGGAAGUUAGGGUAGGGCCGCAUCCCUGUUUUUAUACAAACAUAUUACUGUUAUCAUUUUUGUGGUUGAAUAUGCAGGGUAUUGUGUGAAUGUGGAAUUACAACAUGAUGUCCAAUGAUAUGUUUAACAUAUCCUAAUGUACUAUUUACAACUAUGAGUCUAUUGUUAAAUUUUGAAGAGGUUUCUAACUGACAAGAAUUGCUGUUGUUGAUCCUCAAAGAAACCAGGAUCUUCCUUUAUCUUUCUGCCUGCCAAAACAUUUCACAUCAACACAUUUACAGAGUUUUUCUUAUUAGAACAGCAAACUGUUCUAGUGUUGCAUCAGAUGUUAUGCUAUGUAUUUCUAAGCAUGUUUAAAUAGCCAAUAGGGUUUAGUUAUGUUACAGUCAUGAAUUAUGAUUUGCUACUUUCUAGUUGAGACAAUAUUGGGUGAGGGACAUCCUCAUUCUAGAGAGCAUCUGAUUGGUCAGUAUACAGUGUAGUACAGGAUGAGUCAUCAAUAUUUCUGCUCAGUUUGCUAGGAACAUAUAGGAAUAUACUAGCAAAUACAUGGUCUGGAUGGACUUUAAAAAAUACUUUAAUUUUGAUUUCACAGGGUCUUUGAAGUGGGCUGAUGUGAACAUGAGGUGAUAAGCAGAAAUAAUGAUUGAUUUUGGUGUCAUUAUGGCAGAGAGCACCUUGGGCAGAGUUGAUGAAUUUAAUUGUGACUGGCAAUUGAUUACAGGACUCACAAAAGAUUAGAUGCUCAAGCUUUUGCCCAAAGAGGCUGUAGGAUGUGUAUGAAGGAUCACUUUGUGUGCUUUGACGUGGCCAGUGUGUGUGUAUGUUUGUGCUUAUUUGUGAGUCUGCCCUUGAUGUUGCCUCUGUGAGAACGCAGUCUCUAGUGGCUUAGAAAAGGCUGUUUGUUUUCUAGACAGAGCUGGAAUAAUACCUGUACCUGUGAAAAAGUGAGAGAUAUGGAGAUGGUUCCCUCAGAGUUCACACAGAUAUAUGGCAAUAUUUGCAUUUGGAUUCAUUUUCGAUUUCACAAUCAUGUGUUUUUAUUGUAUCAUAGAUCUCAUAACAUCAAAGGUCUGCAGUGUUUGGUUGAAUUUACAUUCUGCAGAGUGAUUUUUUUUUUUAAAUCAUAUGUUUGAUCUCUCACUGACUAGUGAUGAAAUUUGAUUUUCAAAUUCAUGCUUGAAUACAUUAAGUUUCUCCUAAUGAUGUAAAUCAUUUAUCCAAUUCAUCUCACUCAUGUACUACUACUGAACAUCCUGAACCCUUUUAUGUCCACUGUUUGUCUCAUUAGGCUAGUUUAUUCUUUCAUCAAGGAAAGCUUGUGAAUAUAACUUUUUAGAGAGUUUUUGGCUGGCUCACUGAGGGGUUUGUAAAGAACUCUUUGUAAAACUGCUUUGUGAAAGUGCUAUAUAAAUGGAAUUUACAAUUAUCUGGAAAAAGCUUCUGCAUUACCUGCACAUUGACUUCGGGGUUAUUUCUAGUGACAGUUGUGUGACCCCCCCCCCCCCCCCAAAAAAAAAAGAUUUGGAAACAAAUGCUCAUUGGAAUGCGAUAAGCAGAUAUGUUGGAUAUUAUGUUCCAGUCAUAAAAGCAAUGAGGUAACUCAACUUCAUUUUUUUUUCAACAGGCUUU